GGGCGGGGCGAGCGCCCUUCCUUGCUGCGCGGGGCGGUGGAUCGGCUCACUUGGCCCGAGGAGGCGCCGCGCCAGCCGUGGCGGGGGCUGCGGGGAGCGGGCAGCCAGAGGCGGCGGCGGCCGAGAUGCUGCGCUACAGCUCGGGGCUGACGGUGACCCACACCAAGCCGAGGCAGCCGCAGAGCAGGCGGAAGGCAAACGUCUGUCGGCUGCGCUUAACUCUGCCUGCGGAAGAAAGCUGGCCGCCUUGGGGAGGAGGAGGAGGGACAAAUACGGCUGAAAAGACCCCAAAGCAACUCUACCAAGCGCCUGGAGGAUUGUCUGCUGGGGACUUAAAGCACGGUGUUGUGUAUGGUGUUGUGCACCGGUCCGAUGACAAUCACAACAAAGAAAUGGUGGUUUAUGGAUGGUCAGCUCACCAGCUGAAAGAAGAAAUGAGAUAUAUACGAGAUGUGAGAUUGACAUUGGAAAGAGUGAGAAACAAAAUGUAUGGAGAAUACGAUGAAAUGAAGCGUAAAAUCCAGGCGCUCUCGAGUGAGCUGACGGUAUCACAUGCUGAGCAGGCAUCCCUAGAGAGCCACAUCCAGGUGCACGAGGCAGCCCUGGAGAGUUUCCACGAAAUGAGCAGUUCACUAACCUCGGCAUCCAUUGAGCUGCAGAAAACCUUAGUUGAUGUUACUUUGGAGAACACAGUUAUACGUGACCAGAUACAGAACCUGAAACAAACUCAUGAAUUAUCCAUGGAAAAACUGAAGGAAAAGCAGAAGCAACUGGAAACGGCCAAGGUGGAAAAUGAACUGCUCCGUCUGAAGGUGGAAAGCUCACAGGAAGCAAAUGCGGAAGUCAUGAGAGAGAUGACCAGGAAACUCUACAGUCAGUAUGAGGAAAAGCUUCAAGAAGAAGAACGGAAGCAUUCCCUUGAGAAGGAAACACUCCUUUUGGAAACGAAUCGUUUACUUAUGGCCAUUGAGGAUGCCAAUAAGAAGAUGAGGCUUACAGAGACAAGUUUGCAGGAAAAAGAUCAACGAAUUGGAGAGCUGGAUCGACUCAUUCAGCGCAUGGAAAAUGAACGCCAUCAGUUGCAAAAGCAAUUAAUGGAGCAUGAAAUGCAACGACAAGGAGCGGAUCUCUACCACCAGUCCAGCCAACCAAGGUCUCUCAAACUUGAGGAAAUUACUGACAGCCUCCGAGAACGAAUCCAGCACCUGGACGACAUGGUUCUGUGUCAGCAGAAAAAAGUCAAGCACAUGGUUGAGGAGGUUAUGGCCCAUGAGCUCUUCUCCACAUUUAGUCUCAGAUUCAUUGGACGAUGAUAGAUGGGGGUCACCCAGCACAAAAUGGGGCAGGAUCCAUUACGCAGCAUGGAGAAAAGGGACUCGGGUGCCAAGAAACCAAACCGGAUUGUGAUACUGUAGCUCACCUGGAAAAGUCCAGUGCGGUAGGAUGGCCGUUCCGAUGGGCAGUCCGCACAGAAUCUGAGCUCCACAAGAGGAAACCCUCGGCCAUAAACACUGCGAGAGUCCUGCAGAAGGCUUUACCUUGACAAGGGUUCUUGAACGCUCAGUGAGAAGGCGGAACCCGGGAAAAUCCUGUCUCAGCAUUCCCCUUUCACAUGGAGCCGAAAAAGGGGUGACCUUCAUCUGCUAUUUUGGAGGUCAAAAGACAAAGCGUGACUGGGAAUGAACACACAGAGGUCUAUUGGCCAGAGACGACACGUCAAGCACUUGUGAUAUUUUUUGUGUCGUUCCCAUUGUGAAACCUGAACCAAGGCUUAAGCCAAAGCUGUGUACAGAAGGGAAAGCUGUAAUGGCGGCUUGAAAUGUUUCAUCACCUAAAAGCAACUCUUUGCAAUGACAGUCACAUUUUCAGAAAGUGGGAGUGCCAAGCUGCGUCCCUCAUCCCCCCCAGUGGAAGGAGCGUUGGUGCUCUGAGAUUCUCAGGCGGAAUUGGAUUACGUCGUAGAGCACCUGUGCAGACCGAAAUGCAGAAGUAAAACGAUUCCUUUUGUGCUGGUGAUGUUUGCAUAAAUAGGGACUUUUAUUAAUAAACAUUUAGCGGUCUAAACUGAUCCCUGGUUCUCCUUCUCCACUCCACAUUCGCCUUACGCAGCAUUCUGCUUUUGGGUGUCCUCUGGAGGACACCUUCCGUUAAUUUUAAACUUGUAGUAACAAAAGCUGAAAGAGGCUUCUCUUUGCAUGCAAUUCUGGAGAGCUGCUGCCAAUGGUGUAGUAAUAUCGAGCCAGAAGGUCCAGCUGAUACUGGCAGGCUCUGCAAUGGAAGCCAAAAUGGCUCCUCCCAAUUCCUGCAUGGCCUCCAAAGUUGAUGAGGAGGCUCGGUGGAGGGGCAAAGCCCAGAGAGAACCUGCUAGGAAACGGGGCUUCCUGGCUGUUGUGCAAGAGGAGGAUAUCCAAGGGAAGCACCUGACUCGAUGGAAUGAAUCCCAAGGAAAUGAAAAUUGCCAUGAAAACAGAUAGCAGAAUGUCACCAAAAGUGUCCAUGAGGACAGAGAAAGCUGCUUCGGUGGCCGAUUUGCUGGGAACAACUGCCAAUUUGUCCUCCCUCUUUCCCCACUCCCCCCCCCCCCCCCGCAACAUGCCCCUUGGCUCCCUUGUUGCACUGGUGGUGGAAGAAACCCAGGGGACACAGAAGAAUCAUCGAAAGGCUCAGCCAGGGCACUUUCGGUCUUAUGCUGCAAUAUAGUUACUACGUAGAGGAAUUCUGUUUAUAAGAAGGUGUGCAAUUGUUUUCAAAGAAAAGCCUGCCGAUUCUGGACUUUGCUGUUUCACUCUAAGUUGGUGGUGGUUGGGCCCCGAAGCCUCCCCCAGACCCUAAAAGGCUGAAGCCAGACCUCAGGUUGGGAGGGCUGGAAGACCCGCCAGGGGGAGCUUUUCAGGCCGGCUUCCAGAGAUUCAGUCUUCAAAGACAGAAGGUUCGCGUCGGCUGUUCUGCUGCUCUUUUGGCAACUCUGUAUUUCAGUGAACUACUUUUAUUUUAAAAAGUGUUAUUGAAGUUCUAAUAAAUUGUUUCCACUUGAAAUUAUGUGAAUUUUGAAAGCAUUCUUUGCCGAAAGGGGGAGGGGCUAAUAGGUUUAUUAAAAACAACAAUAAAGAGCAACUUUGCUGACUACAGAACAAACCAGGAAAGGGUAGUUAUUAUUCCACGCUGCUAUGACUCUAAUUGAGAUAAAAUAAUUGCCAGCUGGUCAUUAUUUUUAAGGGUUUGGUGUAUUUCACUGUAGCCUCAGGAGCUGCUGUCCUGUUGGGUGUCUGUCUGAAUCCUGACUGCACAAGCAUUUCCUUUCAAUUCUGGGGGAGCCAGAAUUGUUGCUGCCCUCCCCGGCUGGCCCUGCUGAUGCUCCCCCCCACCCUCUGUUGCACACUCAUGCACACACCCAGCUCUUCCCUUGUUUUCCACCAGAACACCCUGCUCCCAACUCCCCUCUGGGCUGCUCCCUGUCCCACCUGCUUCCCGGCGUGGAUAGUGGGGAAGAUGUGUCACCUAUGGCUGGGGAGGCCUCUAUCCAGCUGUUCUGUGGCAACAGCUCCAGUGAAAUGCAUCCGGCCCCUUUGGCUCAUUUAGCCUGCAUUUCCUUAGGAGGCCAAUGUGUCUGUCCAAUUACUGAUAAGGACACUGCUGGGAUUUUCAGCUUUUCCAAAUGGCUGUCUGGGUGCCCAAUAAAUCUCUGCUCUUGUAUAUUGGUUACGAGAUAUGAGCCCUAAUGUAUUGUCACUGACAUAUUUGCACUUUCUUCUAAAGAACUUGGGAGGGCAGAGGACAGGAAGCAGUUUCUGCAAAAGCUGAAGCGUGACGUGUCCAAAACUCUUAAGUGAACUACGCAGGGCCAGGAGAUGCUCCCCAACUUCGCUGGUGGAAUCUGACAAUGUGGGAGGCCUUAUAUAUUAAAUGGAUUUCCUCCCCCCCCCCCCCCGUGGAAGUCAAGAUGUGUGCCAGUGUGCCGGUGUGUGUUGGUGACCUGCUCCACAGGCCCCCUUAGUUCAGCAGGGCAGUGGGGGGGACGUCCUGGAACUCCUGUCCCGUGGAGAUCAAAUCCUCCACUUCUGAACCUGCUGGAUGACCAUGAAGGGCUCAAAGGAAGCACCCUCCAAGGGCCCACAGCAGGGGCAAGAAUCUGCUUGGGCCCCUCCCCAGGCAGGAGGGGCUCUCAAGCAUCAGCAGCCGCCUCCACUCAAUGCUGGUUCUGCCUUCUGGCUGUAGGAUUUGAUCUCAUGAUUUUAAUUUUAUGUUUUGAUCCUAUUGGCCACUUUCGUUGGAAAGGCGGGGAAAAAGACUCAAAAAAGAAAAGGAAAUCUUUGGAGUCAUUCUCGGAAUCCUAAAGCAAAUUCUGUUUCCUGGUGCUAAAUACUUACCUGUGCCCCAAUUGUAAUUUUGAAAAUUACCCACCUGUAUUCUGCAGGAAAACGUUUUGAGGCCUGUGGUUUCACCGUCUGAGGAUCACGGCCUGUGGAGAGGCUUUGCUGGUCCC